UUUUGUCUCUUCAAAUAUGGUAACCCUAGUUUUGAGUCCCUUUUCAACCAAGGUUGUCAUGCUUAAUUAUUUCUUCAUAUAUAGGAAGUGACCUGCCGGAUCCGUAUAUCUCUGAUUUUCCUGCAAUCGAGCACAGUCACAUCCUGUAAGCAACAUGACUUUCGAGUGCAUGCUGGAGACGGCUGGCAAUCUUUUUAAUCUUUAAUGUGACUGUAAUCGGUACUACUUCUGUAAUUCUGUCUUGUGUGUAUUGCCGCUUUUAUAUAUGACGGCAUCAUUCCGCAUGUCUGCAGUGGAUCGAGAAGAAUUAGAAAGUUAUAUGUAACGGUUAUAGAACUGCUAUAGAAAAGAAAAGCUUUGAGCUUUAAAAGGAGCUGUUUAUGCAAUAAUGUGUGUGGCAAAGGGCUUGUGUCUGUAGCUUCCAGCACAGGCUUCUGAGCCCUGCAUCAGAUUAGUGGGUAUGGAAAAUGGAUGGGUGGGGGGUGUAUGGUAAAGGGGGCAGACUAUGAUGUCAAUUUGGGGGAACAACUAACCAAUAAAGGGGAGCAAUGCUUAACAUAUAAGGGCGUGUGUUAUCAGAGAAGAACAAAAACGGCGAGGGAAACUAGCGGGUGAUUAAGUGGGGGUGAGUUCAUCACUUCCGACCAGAAGAGCUCAGUGACGCUGUCAACCAGCAGAGCAGAGUGAUCAAGGAGAGCCAUGGACCGGUCUGCUGUCUUCAUGGGCUGCCUGAUUCUGUUUCUGCUAUGGAGAACGGGUUAUAUUGAAGCUCUGAAAGUGACCCAGAGUCCUCACCAGCUAUCAGUCCCAAUGGGACACGCAGCUUUCAUGUCCUGCUGCUGGGAGGGAAAUUCAUCUUAUAUACGACUACGAUUCACAUGGAUUAAAAACUUUAGCAAACCUGGAAUUGGCACUCAUCUUGUAUUGAUCAACCAGACUGAAACAAGUUGUUCUAGUGAUUCAGAUGAUUAUAAAUUCGAAAUUUCUAGUAAAUGUUAUAAUCUGACCAUUUUAAGCGUCACUUCGAAAGAUGUAAGUUUAUACACCUGUGAAAUACAGGUUGAGAUACCAGUAUUAGUAAGCUUCACUGGACCAGGGACAAAUGUAAGCAUUCAAGCUGAUGAUCAAAUAAAAGCGUUGACAUCAGGCGUUGGUGUUGCUGUCCCACUUGCUGCAGCUGUCAUGGUGCUGUGUUGCUGUACCACUGUCUUCUACCUGUGGAAGAGAUGGACAUCAGGUUCUGGUCGUCAUCAUGGUGGCAUGGCAGUACGAGCGGAACUCCAGCGGUCAAUGGAGGAGAUGAAUGAGAUAGACGAGGCAGCAGAACAUCACUCUAACUCUUCCCGAGGGUCGGAACAGUGGUGUCCAGUUCAGCUAUACGAGUCCAUCGAUUACUUUCUUGUGCAGAACAACGUUGACACGUAACAGAGGGCGCUUUCUCCUGAAGGACCUAAACAACCUGGAAGAAGCUCUGCAGUUUGCUUGGGGUUAUCUGUGAUUGUUAGACGGCGGUCGGUCUGUCUAUGCCUGGGUAAAAAGCUAGCUAAAGCAAAAGGCGGCUGGUUUACAUCACAGGAAUAAAUAGUCUCACAGUACCUCACAUAGAAUGCUAAUUUGACCUUCUUCACAAAUACUUUUUGAUAGUUGCAAUGUAUUAUUUCCUAUGCAACAGUCAGGACAGAUACAAGUUGAACACUUGAAGGUUUUGUGGUGUUGCUUCUGCCUCAGUGUAUAAACACGGGCACUAUAUGAUUGGAAUGGUCAUACACAAAGUUUGGACAACAUUUCAAAGAAUUUAGCUGAAGACCCACAGGCCCUUAUUCUUAAUUAGCUAAAACAGAGUAAUGGCUGAAGCCAAUGUGGUGGGAAAAGUGGCAGGUAGCGACUAAUUAUAAAUCCUUAUCCAUUCUUGGGGAUGAUCUCAUGCUGAUACGCUGUUUGCACCGUCUAUCUUUGUUGAGUGACGUGUUGUUAGACGAAACCAGCAAAUACCUGUUAAAGAUUCAAGCAGAGAUGAGUGGUCAUGCAAAUGCACUUUAACGUACUUCCAUCAAUAGCACUGAAUAGCCCGACACCCUUAAGUUCAAUUUAACUACAUAAAUUCAGUAAAUAUUUCCACAUCGCUCCCUCCCCCCAACACAGCAGCCCCAAGCAUUUAGUCUUAUUGCUCCUUGGGACAUGUGGAAGUAAACAGUUAAACUGCAGUGUGGAAAAUGCACACUACAGGAACAAUGAAUCCUAUGACCAGGCUGGAGAUAGAGACAGGGAAGAAACUCAAAGGAGAUGCAUGCAAAGCACAGGUGGGGUGAUAACCACAGUUAUUCCGGAUCUUUGUGGGUUUAGCUGUGAUGCUGCAUGCAAAAAUAUUCCCUUUGCAGAAGCUGCCUAUUGCUAUAAAGCUUGCACAGCCAAUUCCAGAGUUAUUGGCCACCCCCCUGAAGACAAGUUAAACAUUAAUAUAUGAGAUGAACUACAAAUCCAAUAAGUAAUACUUUGUGCUUCAACAAUGGUUUGUUAAAGUUUUUUUCAAACACAGAUUAUUAUUUAGUAAUGCAGUUUUUGUGGAGGGAUCUUGGACCACUGCUUCAUACAGUAUAACUCCAGUUCCUUGAUAUUUUUGGGUUUAUGCUGGUGGAUGCUAUACUUCAACUCAAACCACAGGAUCUCAAUUGGGCAAAAUCCAUGACUUUGUCUUCUUGCAACCAUCUCUGUGUUGAUUUCAAUGUGUGCUCUUGCUAAAAUCUCCAUGCACAGCCUAGGCAGAUAGGUUUUUGCCUAAAACGUCCAGGUGUUUCGCAGAAUUCAUGAUGCCCUUGAUCUUCACUAGAGGCCCUGGGUUGCUUGUAGCAAAGUAGCCCCGUAGUUUCUGCCACAGUAUGUGACAGUGGGAACCAGCUGCUAUUCCUUGCGUGCAGCACCUUUGUUUGUCAAACAUGCUGGUGGUGUGCAUGACCAAGUAGUUAUUUCAUGUGACAACAACACAAUGCAAAUUGUAAAUCCAGUGAUAUCUGGCAAACUUCAGGAGCUGUGUUUUCUGGCUCAGUGUUAGGAAUGGCUUCUUUUGAGAAACUCUUCCAAGAAGCUUCUAAUGAUGCAGGCGAUGAUUGACGGUCGAUUCUGAAAUAUUACAGCACCAAGAUUCAAGCAAACUGCUGCAUCCAGAAACUGUGAUUUUGGGCUCUUUUAACCUCUCUCUCAAAAGUCUCACUGUGUGUGGGGGCAGUAUGGUGACCCGUCCAUUUCUAGGCAAAUUUUCAGCUGUUCUACGCUUACUAAUUUUUUAGGUGUCCUGAUUGUGAUUAGCAGUAUUUUUUUUUUUAACAAUUUGUCAAACUUUCCACAGUUGUUACCUAAUUUGUAAAAAUUAACAACCUUUAAUCUCACAACCUUUAAUGUUUUCUGGUGAAUGAUAAAGGGACUUUGCAUAUGUGUGACAUCAUAUAUGCACCCCCGGGAAACAGGAAAUGGUCACAGACAACAAAUAAUAUCUUUACAUUUUUUUCACCUUUGAUGCAAAUUUAAAUGUAAUUGGCGAAUUCUCUCCUGCCCCUUCCUCACCUUAGCUACUGUAUGGUGAGCGUACUGCUGCAGAAUGCCUGCUAUCGCAUCAGUCAGGUAGGGGCUACACUAGUAGGUGAAGUGGCUCCCCAUUGGUUCCGUAAAGUGCUUUAGGUGUUUGAAAAAGUGCUAUAUAAAUGUAACUUUCAUUCAUUUAUUCAAAUGUCCUUGGAGUUACUUGGGAUAUUUUAUUUGGUGGCAAUAAUUUUGCACCAAAAAUACUUGAAAGAUUAAAUGAUAAGCAAUUUUUUUUAGUCUUGUGUGGUUAUAUGCAUGAAUUUUUAUAUGCAUUGUUCAUUUUAUUGUUUUACAUCCCCCCCCCUUUUUUGGGAAGGUUGCCAAUAAUUCUGGAGGUGACUGUAUUAAUUGACAUGGCUGAUCCGUGAUUCUCACUGUAUAAAUAUCAGGUGUCAUACCUUCAUAUAAAUAAAGACUUCCUUUUCCAGCA